UAACAAAGAACUCCAGGAAGACAUACGCAUACAGUAUAAAGUGUGGCAAUUUGCACGGUCUGACCAAAACUUUACUACGAUUUUUUAAAAUAUAUAAUAACUGACAUUUGUUUGAAAUCGAUUCGCAGAAUACCAUGUCAGUAGCAAACGAUUUGAGCGCUGGGGACUGCAUUGACGCCAGGCGGGGCGAUGGACAAGAGUGUGAGGGCCCCCGUGGUGGCUCUGGGUCUAUGCAGGUGGACGCCAAACCUCACUCCCAUAGCUUCAGGUACAGUCUCAGUUACCCCAGCAUUGGCCAGUGUAUCAUCAUCAACAACAAGAACUUUGACAGAAGAACAGGUAUGAAUGUACGCAAUGGCACAGAUGUGGAUGCAGGCAACGUGAUGAAUGUGUUUGGGAAACUGGGUUAUAAGGUGAAGGUUUACAACGACCAGACAGUGGACCAGAUCAAGCAUGUUUUAACCACAGCCUCCAAGGAGGACCACAGCCGCUCCGCCUCGUUCGUGUGUGUCCUGCUGAGUCACGGGGACGAUAGUGUGUUCUUUGGAACGGAUGCCUCCAUCGAGCUCAAGAGCCUCACCAGCCUGUUCCGGGGCGACCGCUGCAACUCGCUGGUGGGCAAGCCCAAACUCUUCUUCAUCCAGGCGUGCAGAGGUACUGAUCUGGACGUGGGCAUCGAGGCAGACAGCAAUUCAGAUGAGGGCUCGACCAAGAUCCCUGUGGAAGCAGACUUCCUCUAUGCCUACUCCACAGCUCCAGGCUACUACUUGUGGAGGAACACUCAGACUGGCUCCUGGUUCAUCCAAUCGCUGUGUGAGAUGAUUGGCAAGUACAGCAAAGAGCUGGAGGUCCAACACAUCCUGACCCGGGUCAACCACAAAGUGGCGACAGAGUUUGAGUCUGCGUCAAAGUCUCCUGGUUUCGAUGCCAAGAAGCAGAUCCCCUGCAUCGUAUCAAUGCUGACCAAAGAGAUGUACUUUACACCCUGAUAGGAGAAAGGUGUGAAGAAGCUCUUCAUUUGCCUGCUUCCAGGUCGAUUUUAGCUGUCUCGCCAACAGCUAUGGUCACUGUUAUAGGAGUUGGCAAGAGAAGAAAAACAGACCUGGGAUCAGGCUAGCUUCUAUCUGAGUGAGGGCAAUAGAUGUGUGUUUUGGUUGUGGAUUGUAUUAGCUGAAUUUUUAACACCACUGCUCAAUCGCUCUGGAUCAAGUUGGACUUGGUUUAAACUUGUAGACUUAAGUAUCACAUUUUAUGUUGGAGGUUGAAACCUCUGUCAUGCUUUCAUCCUGAUGUCAUGCACAGAGAAGUUGACUUUUCUUCAGGGUUGGGGUCAGUUCCCGCUUCAAUUCCGUCAACUGAGGAAGUGUAAAAUCCUAAUUGUAAAUGUUACAUUUAAUUAACUUCCUAAAUGCACUGAUUGAUUUGAAAGUUGAAUUGACCGCAACCCUGUUUCUUACUGAAUGAUCCUUUUCGUGUUUAACGGAGGAUGUGUAUAAAGUUUUGGGAGUAGAUUGCAGGGGCAGUGUGUUGUAAUCAAAUCAUGGAUGUGCAACUCGUCUACAAGCACCAGCAAUUCUCCCUCAGGUUUCUCAUACAGUUUUAUUUAAACAUUUAAUUGUAUUAUUUUUACAAUGUCUAGAACCACAUAUAUUUUGUUGGAUACUUGAAUGAGUAGUUAAAGUGCAUUCCUCAAGGGAUUAUGUUACAUUUGUCUUUUGUGUUGGUUUAAAUUGUUUAUAUAUAUAUAUAUUAUUUAAACUGCAGGAUAUUGUUUAGGUCCAUUAUAGUUGUAUUGUGAAAUAAACUAUCCUGUAAAAAAUGUAUUCUCCAGAAAUAA